AAAAUAAAAUUAAAAAAAAAUGUAUUAUCUGCAGUGAAAUAAAAUUAAAAAAACAAAUGUAUUUAUCUGCAGUAAAAUCAAAUAAAAUGACGUGCAACAAUUCAACUAGUUUACAAAAAUAUUAAACAACACACUCGAAAUCCAAGAGUUGAAAGUUUUUCUUAUCACAGUUUCAGUUUCGUGGCAUCUUUUACCGAAAUUUUAAAACAGAUUUUUUUCCACUGAUUUCUGGCACCGCCGCUACCAAAUGCAAUUCGUGCGCCCAGAAAAUCGACUUAGUGCUUUGAGUUAUUAAGAAGAAAACCAAAACAAAUGGUUAUAAAUAUAUAUACAUACAUAUAUACAUGAGCAUAUGUAUGUGUGCAGAUGGCUUUAAAAUAUAAAUAAACACACCGACUGCGUGACUAUCGCUCGCCGUUGGCAAAUAGCCUCUUCGUCAGAUACACUUUGUAAGCGCUUAACGUUGUGUAAAACGAUAAGAAAUAGAAUUCUUGCAUAAAACAUAUGCCCACACAUACAUACAUAUGUAUGUAGAAGUGAGUGUGUGUAUGUGCUAAAGUGUAUUAAUGUAAAUAAAACGUGAUUUGCUGGUGAAUGCAAAAGCAUUGUUUAAAUGCACUAAAGUUAUGCGCACGUGUGUAUUUGUGUGUGUGUGCCUACAAGUAUAACUUCGGAAAAGUGUCACUCCAAACGAGCCAGAUACGCUUAUCGUGCAACGCGACAUUGCACCAGCGCUGCAACGCCGUCGUAAUCCCAAUCACAUUACCACCAACGAUACUUUGAAUUGUAGAUUUUUUAGUGGAAAUAAAUAAUUACCGCUACAACAAUUUUCAACUAUGCUUGCGAUUAAGGAGUGUCUGAUACGCGAAGGUGUUUUGAAUUUGACGUCAACUGCCAAUCAUAGCAAUAGCACCAGUCUUACAUCCAAGCAAGGGAAUGGUGCUGCUGAUGGUGAUGGUGAUGAUGGUGGGGAUGGUGGCAUUGAAAACACAGCUGUCGGAGGCAGUGGUGCUGGUGCUAACAACACCGCUACUUAUCGCAAUCGCAACUACAACGACAGUGUUGUCGGCAACAAUUUGCGCGCCAUUAGCACGAAUUAUACUCGGAAUAGCGAUAAUCGUAAUAAUCGCAAUUAUGAUAUGGCAUCAUCGUUGGCACUCGACUUCCAGUCGGUCAGGUUGACAGAUCAAAUAUCCGUUGACGCUGCACGCAGUCAGAAUACUGACACGAAUAACGAAAACAAAUCCUCAAAUUGUAGUCUAUCCUCCGCAUCAGCCACUGCCAAUUCGAGCUGCCAGCAAACGUCAAUAUACGAUAAAUCAAAACAUCUACAACAACAAAAACAACAACGAGUACCAGCAACUGGAAGCAAAUCAUCCACACGUUAUCAAGGUGUGCACCCCCAUUUCCAUCACCACACCGCACCCUCCUACUAUACCGACGUCAAUCUGCACAUUCAUACCCCAAAGGCGAAUGAUGUUGCCGCUCUGAAUGAGAAUUACCAAAGUGUCUAUAAUACACCUUCGCAGUUGGUCAAUGAGCGUCACUUUCCCAAGACCAGCACCGCUACAGUAGUUCCGCCACCAAUUGGCACAGGUACAGCAGCUAUCGGUAGAGCUAAUACCACAUCACCAACGUCGAUUGCUAAGCGCGACCGUGAGUCGGUUAGCGCUAACAGCAGCAGCAACAUCAAAAGUAGUAGUUCGUCAAGUGCGCGUGCUGCUUUUUUUCGUGGCGGCUCUGUGGGCAGCAACAGCAACGGCGAAAGAAAAAGUUGCGAACAUUUUACGAAAUCGUCGCCAGCAUUUGGGCGCCCUACAAAGAAAGGUGAAUUUAACGAUACCUCAUACACACCGUACGAUAUCAGUGGUAGUAGUUUUGUUGUUGGUACGUUAAGUAGUAGUGAUUGUAGUAAAACUAAUCAAUUAGACAACACGACAGACACACACAUAAACACCAAUCAUAAUAACAAGCACAACAGCAACAACAACAUAUCCUUAACGUCCCCCACAUCGGCAGGCCAUACGUCGGCAUCAGCAUCAGCAACAGCUUCCGCGUCGGCUUCGGCUUCGGCAUCCGGUCGGAGUCGUAAUUCGAAUCGGUUCGCUGGUAAAAAACGCGCAGUGCGCGUACGCAGCGAAUCACGUCCGAUCAGCGCUCUUUAUGACAUAAUAUGCAAAGAGAAAGGGCUGGACAUUGGCACCAGCAGCAGCAGCAGCACAACGAACGAGGAGGAACAUUCGGCAUCAGCAUCAAACGACGACGAAAACCGUGGUGCGCACAGCAAGCGCAGCACCAAUAGCAAGGAACGUUGCCGCCAACGCAGCGGCAGCAGAAAUAGUAAUAGAAAUAAUAGUACCGACUACUCAGAGAUCUCACAUCGUUUGCCUGCAUUCGUCGCAAAGUCAUUGUCCAACCAUUCGGGAGAAUUUGUUGGCCAGUCCAACAUGGAUAACGUGGCCACAGUUAAUUCCGCGGCUGUUGACACGAAAGCCGCACAUGACCGCUCGAAACGCUCGCAUAAGUCACGCACACCGAGCAGCCAAAAGUCGGCUUCCAAGAAGCGCAAGGACGUGGGUAAAACCAAAGUGAGUGUCAUGCGUUGUGCGAUGAGCGACGACGAACCAAAUAACGAGACCAGCGAAGAUUCCAACGAGCUACGCGCUCGCGCUGUAUUGUCGCCACUUACAAAAUAUCAUACAGAAUUUAGUCAUAAGAUGAAUAGCACGGAGAAGGCGUCCUCCUUGCCACCGCGCCUACAAAGUGCGACGCGUACUUCCAGCUCCUCCGUCAAACAAGCGCUGCAGCCGCACAAAGCAUCGUGUCAUGCCAACACCGAUUUGAGUACAUAUCCGAUUGUGAAGAAGUGUCCAGUUCAUUCCCGCUGUGACUUGGUGGACUGCGACUAUCAGUUAUCAAGCGUUCAUCGUCCGUCUCAUUAUACACACGCACAUCAUCAAUCCUCAUUACCACCAAACCUGUCAUCUGGUCCAUGUAGUAGUAUACGCUCGCCUAGCACCGCUGAUGACGAUAGCCUAAUGGUAGUCAAUAGUCUCGGCUACUCCCCAGACAAGUUGUUCUUUGAGCCUGUAAAUAUGACCCUUAGCAGUGUGUCAUCCGGCGCAGUUAGUGGUAAAAAUGUGAACAGUAGUAGCAGCGGUGUAGUUUUCGACCAAACGUCGGCGCGCAGCAAUCAACGAAUUGGUCGCGCUCAACAUCGACGCCUGCGUGAAGAGAUGCGUCGUCAUACGGACUUACCGCUACUGGACAUGCUCUCACCCAACUCGCUUAGUAGCCAACUGAGCACCACGGAGAGGGCGCUAAGCGAAGACGAAGGGGUUGCGGGUGUUAAACAGCAAAAAAGUCGCACCAGCAAGGCGAGAAGAUUUAUAAAUCGUCCCAGCCAUACACCAACACAUGGUCGCUCCGGCAACAGUGCCAAUGGUUCACCGCAUCCAAUACGCCGCAACAGCAAUAAACAAACCAGUGAGAGUUCCUCUUCGGCAUCUUCCCCAGCGCCGACGAAUCGUCGCAACUCUUCCGCAAACGGCAUAAACAGCAUAAACAGACCAACUGUUGUGCCACCCAUCAACACCGUUGCUGCAGUUGCCGGUGUUACCAUCGAGGAUGUGGGCUCCGCCUCCUCGGGCGAUCACCUUACACAUAUAAAACUAUCACCACUACAAAUAAUGACCAAUUCAGCGACACCAGCCACUGAGCUCCCGCCGCGGGCAAAUGGCAGCGCUGCGUUAGGCGAGGGCGAGGCACAUCCCGCUGAGGCCGAUAUGCACGACGAGGCGCAUGAGGACACCGGCAACGGCAGUAUCGGCGUACAGACCAUCAUUUCGGCCACAGAAGUCGUGCACCAACGCAAACACGAUGCCAAUACCCAUAAAACUCCUCCUAAUACUAUCAUACGAUCCAUCACCAAAACAACCACAAGCACCAUUACAAGCGCCAUUAUAUCAAAUAAGACGCCAACGCAUGUAAAUCAACGUAAUCAACAGCAUUAUCAACACCAACAGCAACAGCCCUACAAUAAAAGCAACAAACACACGAGCUUUUUCAGCCACAAUAACAGUACUUUUAACAGUAAUAGUAAUAGUAACAGCAACAACAGUUAUGCCAUGCCCACUGAAACAUUUUUGCUUAAACAAAAAAAUGCAAUGCUUGCUGUUAGCGGCGCGGCCACUAACACAAACGUGAAAAAGAAGCCAUUAUCACCACUUCAGAUCAUACCCAUACCAACAUCACCAACAACGGCGCAUCAACUGAGUCAUCAGCAACACUCGCAAUCGACGGACGUAGGCGGUAGCCAACAACAAUCAGGAUAUUUAACACAAAUGCCGCCAAAUCGAAGGCAAAGUCCACUUGCGGCUGCGCCACCUUCACCAUUCUCACUGGCACGUUCACCGUUAUCACCGUGCUCGCCACAUUAUGUGCGUCCGACGAAGGCGUCUCGUUUGCGGGCAGCCGCUUUGGAUAAGAAAAAGUGUGAAGACGAUCCACUUCAGCGACCACGUUCUCCAUGUUAUGGCUCCGCCUCUUCGCCCCGUUCAUCUGCAUCGCCAAAACAUCAGUUGUCACGCCUUUCGACAAGCUCAUCUUCAGAUAAUCCACACAUAACGGCCAGUUCCGAAUCGGACACAAAGCUAAUCGGCGACUCAUCACGGGCAACAAUUGGCAGCCUAUAUUCAACAUCAUCAAAUGACUCACCAACAGCCACCAAAAAGCUCGUGCCCUCAGUUUCGGUAUCGGUCAAACAAAAUCUCAGCGAAAUGCAAUUCAAUGGCGAUAUCAGUGCAUCGGGCAGUCCAAAGAAAACAAUCGGUUCUAGACUGAAGAAAGCACGCACUAUUCCCUCCCCCUCCACCGAGUGUACUGCCACAUUUACUCGCUCCGCUGGUCGGCUGUCGACUGCCGAUGAAUCUGAUUCGCAUUUGAUGUUGAAGGCCGGAAAGUCUAUACGUCCACGUACCUCCACCAUGAAGUCUGCCAAAUCGAAAUCGAUAAGUGAUCUGAAAGCUAGCAGCGCCGAAAACUCACCCAACAAGCUGGAAUUGAGUCCGGUGGAUAGUGCAACUCAGCCCAGUAGUCCAAGGGAAGAUCGCGAUAAAUCAUCGAAACGAAAAUCGAAUUUGAAUCGCUCGCUCAAUGAUGAGGCCACCCUGGAUAGUGUAAUCAAUCUCAAAUAUCUGCUGCUAACCGCAAGAUUAAGGAAAAAUAAGCUUUUUUUAAAUGACUCCUUAGCUGCACGUCGACGUCGACGUCGUGAACUUGGCAUGGUUCGUCAACUUGUACCUUCCGAUGACUUAAUUCUGCGCGAAAUGUUAUUGCCACAUCAGAAAAAAUCGGAUAGUGCUGCCAAAAAAACUCCCAUCGGCAAAUCGUCUGAAAACGAACUGGCCUAUCACAUGGAAAUGGCACGUCGCGGUUGGGACCUAACCAAUCCGAGCAUCAACAAUCGUGCACGCUCCGAAACAGCGACUUCGAAAUACGAAAGUAAUUCGGGUGAAACAGUGAAAGAGAAGCCAAGUAACGCUCGCCUUGCCCGCCGUAGCGACACCUUACACCUCGGCGAAUUACGCAAAUUGCGUUCGAAUGAUGUCAAUCGCAAGAUGAAUGAACGCACGAAGAGUGACUUGGCCGAAAUUAAGAAGAUUGCCGAACAGGCGAAUAUCGAAAUGGCUAUGAUGACCUCGGGUAUUGUCACAGAAUUGGCCGAAUUGGUUGUCUCAAGCGUCGAUUGUGAGCAGGAGGCUGUUGUUGAGCUGGCUACGCCCGCACGCUAUGGCAUAGGCAGUCGGUCGCAAGCUUCUCCACCACCAACACCAUCGUUUACCGAAUUAGAGAUGGCAGCCGAAGCAAAGGAGCGUGAUCCAUCACCAGCUAAACAUGCCACAUUCAUGCAAGAAGAACGUUUCUACUACGAUCCGGAAACAAGCGAUCAAAUAUCUAAGUCAGUUUCCAAUAACACAAUGGCUAGUGGCAUACUGCGUCAGCGCAUAUUGAAGGCGCGUAGCAUAGAGCGCGAUGCUGCACACGAACCGCCGAAGCUAUCGCCCAUACUGCGCCGCAAAAGUACAGAUGACCCGCCUUGCAUAACGGCGCCACCAACAAGUGCUGCCGGCAUAUAUUCGACAUCGCAAAAUCACAUAGUUUCGAUACUCAAGAAGAAAGAUCACAUCGCGGGUGAGUCCAGCUCGGCCUCGAGCAAUGCUUCGCCCGUCACAUUUUCAGCGAAUGUUGUGGACACACCGACCACCAAACAAAAGCGUGCUGGUAUAUUGAAGAAACGUUCCAGCCUUGACGAGUCGCGUUACUAUUCACGUUCGCACUCGCCGGACGAGCGCAGCAUACUUAUUAAAUCGGCGCGACGUAAUUCACUAGAGGAGACUGCAGGCUUACAACAACAACAACAACAGCAACAACAUGGCAUUCUCAAGCAGAGCAGCUAUGAAAGCAGCAAAAGCGAUGGCUGUCCUUCGGCCACUGAACCACAUCCACAUAGUAUACUGAAGAAAAAAGAUUCUACCUCGACACCUUCCGAUGGGGGUACACAUGCCCCCAAACAUGUCUCGAUCUCACAAGCUGUGAAAAUGGCGGCUGCCGAGCUAUGCCGUCAGACAGCCGAUGGCCAAUGUGCUACUACUGAACAUGAAGAAAGCGGCUACACACCCAACAAUGAAGAAUAUGAAAUCCGCCCAAUACUUAAACUGGAAAGCGCAUCCAGCGAUGAUGUUAUGCGUCCACCCAAACCCAUAUUAAAGAAAAAGUCCUCGGGUGAUUCGGACGAAUACGAAAUACGUCCCAUUUUAAAGACUUCACGUAAAAGUAGUCGCGAGGAAUUCGAUUUGAGCGGUUCACUAAGUGAAGAUGGACGACAUUAUAGCGAGCCACCACCACCACCACCAGUACGUCCCAUUUUAAAGACUGACUCGCCAUCGAAACGGCGUUCAUUGGGCAUAGAUGAGCUGGAACAGGAUGCGAGCAGCGCUGAAUAUGUCAGCAACUCACCAAGUCUACUUAAACGGCGCACACGCUCGUUGGAACGGCAGGAACCACCUGUGGUGGAUUUGGCGGCAGCGUUGAACGCUAUCGCCACUUCACAAGCGGCACCGUUGGACUUUGUAUCGACGCCAAUUACAACUGGUGGCAACAUUUCAGUAGCUGAACGCAUUAAAAAUAUGGAAAAGUUCCUAAGCAGCAAUGGUGCUUCACCGUCUACACCGGCGGAUGUGAACUCUAGUUGGGAUUCUCCACUGCUGCAUACGGACAUAACGCCGAGACUGCUCAAACCGAGCGUUAUAAGACGCGAUAUGUACCGAGAUCGCUACAAGACACAGCCAGUAACGAACGAUGAGAAAAUGCUCUUUAAAGCCACCGCAUCACCGCUCGACAUCUCCGUCACAUCUGCUUUUAAGCCGACCAAAUCGCUAGACGCGGGCCUCAAUUACACCGCAUUUGCGCAUUCGAACGCCGCCUCCAACGCAUCGCUGGGCAGCAGCUACACGCUUACACGCUGUUCAACACAAUCGUUGCACGGUCAGAAUCAUUUUGACGCGGCGGGAACUUCUUCCGUUGGCUCGCCACCUCUACGCGCCGUAAUUGGUCGUCUCAAUUCGUUAAGUGACAGGUACAACAAUAGCGGCAGCGAGCAAUUGACCCAUUGGGUGGGUAGCGAUAGUGAGCGUAUCUUCGAAAUGUCUGGCAUUGAGGAGAAUGCCGCCGCCGCCGCCGCCAGCACGCUUAACGACAAGAGUGAGGUAGGUGUUGGUGUUGGCGGUACUGGGCUGGCCCGUAAAAAUAGCGUACGCGCUCGUGCUAAUAUGUUCCAGCAGUUGCAGGAGAAGACCAAAAGCGAAGAAGCAGCGACAGCAGAGUCGUCGGCGUCAACUGCAACGACGUUCAAUCGUGAGGAACAAACUUCACCACGAAGAGCACCACGUCAGCUUUCGCCCACACCUACCAUGUUUGCUACACCACCAAUACUGAGCAGCAGCAUGGCCAGCGCCGCCAACGCGAGCUGCAGCGAAGAGCAUAAAACUCCGCAAGUUCCAACGCGAACAGAAGAGGAAAUCGAGCCCACAUCGCUACCGGUAUCCGAGCGGUUACGUUUUUUCGCCAAUCUCACCGAGGCGGCAAACCGCAGCUUGUCCAGCUCAUACACGCGCAGCCCAUCGCAGCGCCACCUGACCGCCGACCGUUGUGGCAGCGCCAACUCUUACAACCACAUCCAUUCGAUUACCAAUACGCCACGUAGCAGCUACAAUGGUGGCGGCAGCACCACCACCAGCAGCGCCAGCGUCACGCCCACACCCAUGGACUGCUAUUCACCACCGCUGUCUGAGCCACAACUCAUUUCGAUUAAUGAAAUCGAUUCCGCUUUACAGAUGGAGCACAAUUUUGACGAGACCGCACCCAGCCCACUCCCAUCCGAGCCAGUGCCGAACGCCACCACACACGAAACAUCAGCAUUUAUCAAGUUAUCCAAGUCCAGCUCACACACGUCGCUUUCAUCGGUGGUGGCGCAACGUUUGGCACUGUCCGUGCCAGCUCCUGUCGUUGGGCCAUCUGCGUUGACGCCUGUUGCACGCCGCAUCAAGAUGAAAACCAUCGGUAAGCUGCACUUGCCGCAGACGUUCCUCAACAAUGAUCACAAUAGCAGUCAGAGCAGCAGCAACAACAACCACAACAUCAGCAACAAUUCCAUUGGUAACGUUUACAGUGACACUUGCGAUAGCGAAUGCAGUAGCAUCGAGGCGGUGAGCAAGCCUCCGGCUGCGCCGCUAAAAAAAAUCGGCAAAAUCAAAUCACCAUUUAUUGAGAAUUGCCUGCAGAUGGAGCAGAAGCACCAUCAGCUCAACUCGAAGUACAUGAAGUAUGAUCACAAGUCGACGCCACACAAUGCCCUCGCCGCGCUAGAGAAUAAUGUAGCCAACAGCGGCGGCGGUGAGCGCGAUAUGAACUCGUUGCCGCAGCGCAAGCCGUUGCAGAAUGGCAAUGCCAGUUUGCCACCGCAGCGUGUGGACAGCAAUGAGGACAGCAAUACAGAUUCGGGCAAAGAAAACAACUACGGCGGCAUCAAAACCGUGCCACUAUUGACAAUUUCGCCAACAGCCUCACUGAUUGCGCUGACCGAACAGUCGCAUUCGCCCGUAGUGGAGAUGCGUAAGAAGUUUACGCGCAUAAUGAACGGUUCGUCGUUGUCGACGGUGUCACAGCGUCUUAGCGCGCACGCCUACCACACUGACAACGGUAGUGUCAAUGGUAAGGGUAACGGUAACGGUAACAAUAGUGGCGUCAGCAGCGCACCAACAACCCCACGUAAUUCGAUGAUCGACGAGAAAUAUGCCAAAUACUUUGGACUCACAUCCAACAACAGCCACAGCCAGAAUUGUGCAACUACAACAACUAAUAAAACCAGCACUUGCAAAGAGAGCUCGGAACGCGCGCGAACGCAACACAGCGCAAAUAAUGCACGUCUGCAGUUUGCUGGCGAAAAAACUGCUGGUCCGCGUCACGCGCCCAACUACCCACCACCACCACCGCCACCACUAGAUUUCUACCACACAACGAAUGGUGAAACACAUUGCCCCAGCAAAGCGAAGGACGAACUGAUCGUGGCGAUGGAAACCAACAGUGGCUAUGACGUGCACUUAACGCCAUUCGAGGCGAUAAAUCACAAUGUGCGCAGCAAUUCGAAUACACCCUACUACACGCCGCCUACAACAAUGCCGCUGCCAAUGACCGGCAAUACUUUAACCGCAUAUAACACGGCGGUACAUACAACACCCAGCGGCAUAGCCAACGUGCCUCAAAGGCGGCGCGACAUAGCUAAACGGCAGCGCGCCAACACAACUAAUGUCACCUUCACGCCCACUUCUAGUCAGGUGCCAAGUCCACACGCCAAUUUCGGUACGCCGAGUGCGGGACGUGCACGUACGUUGCGCACGCGUGCGCUAACGCUAACGCAUGGGAUGCCGCUGCCUGAGGUGAAGCGCUUCGAGGACAUUGUGGUGACAAAAGAAGAUUUCCAAUUGGCGUCAAAGGAGUUCGAGCGUAUAUUUUUGGGUAUUAUUUGAGAGCGUUGAGAUGCUACAUUAAGAGUGUUGUUGCACUGGUGCGCGCGACACAAGCGAAUUUGGAAAGAAACGAGGCACAGCGUUGCCGAAAAAUGGGAAAUAUGUUGCUUGCCAGAAGAGAAUAAAAUUUAAAAUUUAUAAUAUAUUGUUAAAUUAUCAUUAAAAUCAAAAUUAAAUAAUUUUGAAAAAUUCGAAAAGUAAUCAAAAGUCCGUAAAUCAUAAAGCCAGCCAAUAGCAAAGAAAGUAAAAACAAAAACGAAAAAGCAAAAGCAAAAUAUGAAUUUCGCAAAUUAUGAUAUGAGGAAUUUGGUAAGGCAAGAGGUUUCGUUUGCAAAGCUGAUGGCACGUGAGGGGCAUUCUUAAUUCAAUUUUGUAUUGGCUGUUGAAUCCUGGACAAAUUAUGUUUAUGUAAAAAGGUGCUGCAUUACAUUUGGAAUUUUUUUUUUUUUUUUUGGUUUCUUUUUUGUUUUUUUUUUUUUUUUUUUUUUUUUUUGUUUUGUUUUUUUACUGGACUUUGGCCACUUAGAAAUUCUUUAUUUCUUUGAUUUAGUUGAUUUAGGAAUUCAAUUUUGGCAUAUUUGCUUAUGUAUGUAUGUAAUCAGCGCACAUUGAAUAGGUAGUAGUAGAGUAGUGGCAGUAAAGUAAAAACCAACAAGAACCAAGUAUUGUUUUUUUUUUGUUUUUGCCUUUUUCGCCCCUAUAAUGUCUAUCAUCAAAGAGCGACAGUUUAGAGUAAUUUCAACCAAAUUUGACGAUUUAAAGACCAAAUAAGAAAUUUAAAAAUUAAAAUUAAAAAAAAAAUUAAUUAUAAAAAUAUAAAAAGCGGUUAAGAAAAAAUUAAGAAAAAAAAAAAUUUUUUUUUU